AUGAAUUUGAUCUUUAACUAUGAAUAAAUAUAUCUGUUCAUUUAAAAAUUUAUUUUUUUAUAAUUUACUGAUUUUAAAGGAAAAAACAUUCAUUCUAUAAUUAUUUUGUUGAUCUUUAAAUACAAAUUUAUUUUCCUUUUCUUUCAUGAAAACAAAUUGAUUAACAUUUUAAAUUUCAUUUUGAUUAAUUGUUAAUUCACUUAAGUAAAUUAUCUAAGGGUUAUUUAAAUUAAAAAAAAGCAACAAAAACGUAAAUUAUAUGCCUAAAUUAUAGUUUAUAUCUUUAUUGAUGGAAAUACUAGAGAAUUAUAUUUGACCAACCUCUUAAGUUGCAAGAAUAUUAGAAAAAAGUUGUGUUAAAAAAUGGAUCUAAAAAACAUCUAUUAUUCUAAAUGCUGGAUUGAUACAUGCUCUCUCCAUCAAGCAAAUAUUAUCUAUUUUAACAAUUCGCAAUGCAUCCUUAUUGGAGAAAAAAAAGAUGUAAUGAUAUUAAAAAAAUUAAAUGACUAAGUUACUUUAUCCUGUAAUUUCACUGAGUAUCCAGGUUAGCAUUAAUAACAUUCAGUAAAUGAGUUACUUGAGCAAAAUUUAUAAGCACAAGAAACUCAUUUUAUAUUUUAGUUUUUAUAUAUUCUACUAGGACAAAAUCAGAUGCAAGUAUGGCUAUCCUGA